AACCCUUUAGAGCCUGCGCCCCCCGGGCGCCGUGAGUCGCUCUCCCGGCCUCAGUUUCCCUCCAGGUCUCAACGACCGAGACCUCUGGCCCCUCAAGUGUCUCAUCUCGUCCCCACAGUCCCCCGUGGCCCGCAGCUCCAGGCCUCCACCCACCCGGUCGGCUCGGGUGGAGCCACUAGUUCCCCGAAAGCAGAGAAGCCCCGGGCCUCAGUUUCCCCGCUCGCCGCGGCAGGCCGAGCCCCCCGCCCGCCCCCAAGCUGCGGCACCUCCCCCUCGGGGCGGAGCCGUGUCACGUGCCGGGAAGAAAGGGCCCGCGGCUCGCGGAGUGCUCGGGGCGCACGGGGCGCGGGGGGUCCCCGGGGAGCGGCCAUGGCAGCUCCGGAGCCGCUGUCCCCGGCGGGCGGCGCGGGCGAGGAGGCGCCGGACGAGGAUGAGGACGAGGCGGAGGCCGAGGACCCCGAGCGGCCGGCUGGAGCGGGAGGCGCGCGCGGCGGCGGCGGCGGCGGCGCAGGAGGCGGCGGCGGCUGCGGGCCCGGGCCCGGGGCGGGAGGCUGCGGCGGCCCGGGGGGCGCGCUCACCAGGCGCGCGGUCACGCUGAGGGUGCUCCUCAAAGACGCGCUGCUGGAGCCGGGCGCCGGGGUGCUGUCCAUCUACUACCUGGGAAAGAAGUUCCUGGGGGACCUGCAGCCCGACGGGAGGAUCGUGUGGCAGGAGACCGGGCAGGUGUUCAACUCACCCAGCGCCUGGGCCACACACUGCAAAAAGUUGGUGAACCCGGCCAAGAAGUCCGGCUGUGGCUGGGCUUCUGUCAAGUACAAGGGCCAGAAACUGGACAAAUACAAGGCAGCCUGGCUCCGGCGACACCAGCUCCACAUGCCCACAGCUGCUGCCGACGAGAGCCCGGCCAGUGAAGGCGAGGAGGAGGAGCUGUUGAUGGAGGAAGAAGAGGAGGAGGCGCUGGCGGGGGUCUCCACGGAGGACAAGAGCCGGAGGCCACCUGCCAAGGGACCCUUGGAACCUGCCCACACAGAGGCCGUGACCCCUGGGAAGCGGGUGGAAAACAAGAUCCGGGUGCCUGUGCGGUACUGCAUGCUGGGCAGUCGAGACUCUGCCAGGAACCCCCACACCCUGGUGGAAGUAACCUCCUUUGCUGCCAUCAACAAGUUCCAGCCGUUCAACGUGGCCAUCUCCAGCAACGUGCUGUUCCUGCUGGACUUCCACAGCCACCUGACUCGCAGCGAGGUCGUGGGGUACCUGGGGGGCCGCUGGGACAUCAACAGCCAGAUGCUCACGGUGCUGAGAGCCUUCCCCUGUCGCAGCCGGCUGGGAGACGUGGAUAUGGCAGCCAGCAUGGAAGAGGAGAUCUACCAGAGCCUGCUCCUGCGGGGCCUGUCCCUGGUGGGCUGGUACCACAGCCACCCGCACAGCCCCGCGCUGCCGUCGCUGCAGGACAUCGACUCGCAGAUGGACUACCAGCUGCGGCUGCAGGGCUCCAGCAACGGCUUCCAGCCCUGCCUGGCCCUGCUCUGCUCCCCUUACUACUCCGGCAACCCGGGCCCCGAGUCCAAGAUCUCCCCCUUCUGGGUGAUGCCACCCCCGGAGCAAAGGCCCAGUGACUACGGCAUCCCCAUGGACGUGGAGAUGGCCUACGUCCAGGACAACUUUCUGACUAAUGACAUCCUUCAUGAGAUGGCCUGGAAGCCCCAUGAAGGGCGGCGGUGGUGUCUGGGCUGCUCGCUGCUGUAUCCUGGGCACCCAGGACAGAGGGCUCCCGGGAGCGAGGGGGACCCAUCGGCCCCCUGUCCUGUAGAUGCUGCUGGUGGAAUUCUACAAGGGCGCCCCCGACCUCGUGAGGUUCCAGGAGCCCUGGAGCCAGGAGCACACGUACCUUGACAAGCUGAAGAUCUCCUUGGCCAGCAGGACACCCAAGGACCAGGGCCUGUGCCACGUGCUGGAGCAGGUUUACAGCCUUCUCAAACAAGGGAGCUGAGGCAUCGCCUCCGAGGGCCUGGGGGGCCUCUUGGUCAGACUCUGAACCCCAGUGGUUCCAGCUGAGGAGGAACGGGUCUGGGGUUUUGUUUGCAGCUAUGCUGCUGUCCCCGUGCAACUCAGCUGCACAGUGGCUGGGGCGCAGACAAUAAAGGGAGAAGCAAACAUC